AUGAAAUCUAAUUCAUUAUCUUCAUACAAAUUUCCUAGUUCCUUGUCACCACCAAAUUUCUCUAAACAAUUGAUAUUAUAACAAAAAUAACUAUGUCUAUCAAAAGUGAAAAAACAAAUGAGAAAUCUAAAUGAUCCCUUUAAUAUUUCUUAGAUUUCAAUUGCCCUUAGAAACUUAUAAACUCAAUAAUAAAGAAAGAAAUUAUUAGAUUCUAUUAUUAAGAUGAGAGAGACUAAGAAAUAAGAAGAAGAAAAAUAAAAACAAUAGUAGCUGUAAAAAUUAUGGGAAAAGGCUAAUCACACAAAUAGCAAAAAACUUAAUACAGAUUACUUUUAUCAUAGAGAUUUAGAUGACUUUGAAUCAAUUAAAUAAUAAAGAUUUAGAUUUGAAUCAGAGAGAAUUGAGAACUUUUAUUAAAGAAAUGAAGGAAAUCAUAAAAAUUUACAUAGAAUUAGUAGUUUAAAUUGUUUAACGACUUAAUUUGUUAAUCAAAAAAAAGGAGUAGAACCAACAACUAGAAGAAUUAGAAAAAAUUUAACUUUUGUUUAAAAUAAAACAAAAGAGUAUAAUAGAAAUACUCCUUUGAUUUAAGAAAGUUGA